GACACAAACCCAGCACCUCUGUCCACGACUGCGCCAUCUCGUUACGUUAGCUCGCUGCUCGGGGGGCUAAUCGCUUGUGCUCAAAAGGGACGACCCAAGUAGCAAUUUGACAGAUUUUACCGAAAGCAAGACAUUUUACUGGUAAAGGUCGUGUAUAAAUCGCGAGGGGCGAAGGUGAAGGUCAAGACACCAGCCCAAACUGAUCCCAGCCCACAGUGUCAAACAUCAGACGACAGCCCUGCACACAGACGCUAUGGAUCGUUCACCCACCACCUCCAGCCUGAUGGCCGCCAGCAACGUCACCAACAAGACCGACCCACGCUCCCUCAACUCUCGGGUCUUCAUCGGCAACCUCAACACCCUGCUGGUCACCAAGGGAGACGUCGAGGCCAUCUUCUCCAAAUAUGGCAAGAUCGUAGGCUGCUCUGUCCACAAGGGCUACGCCUUUGUUCAGUUCGCCAACGAGAGGAACGCCCGAGCUGCUGUCAACGGGGAGGAUGGGAGGAUGAUUGUCGGACAAGUACUCGACAUCAACCUGGCUGGAGAACCCAAACCCCACCGGUCAAAAACCACCAAACGCUCAGCUGGAGACAUGUACAGCAGUUCCUCGUUUGACCUUGACUAUGACUUUCAGAGAGAUUAUUACGACAGAAUGUACUCGUACCCGUCCCGUGUUCCCGCCCCACCUCCCCCCUUGUCGCGGGCAGUGAUACCGUCCAAGCGCCCGCGGGUCAGCCUGAGCGGAGGAAGCAGCCGGCGAACCAAGAGCAGCUUCUCCUCUUCCUCCAAGAGCAGUCAGAGGACUUCCUCGUCCAGAACAAUGAAAGUGGACGAGCUGCAGACCAUCAAGCGCGAGUUGACCCAAAUAAAAAGCAAAGUGGAUGACCUGCUGGACAGCCUGGAGCGCAUGGAGAAGGACCACAGCAAGAAGUCAGAAGCUAAGAGUAUAAAAACGGAGCCAGGAGAGGUGACUUCACCUCCGCACCAAAGCAACAAGAAGGAUGAUGUGAUGAAGAGGGACCGGGAGAGCCAGGAAAUCAACGACUCUGACGAGGAUGACGACGAGGAAGAGGAGGGAGACCUGCUGGAGGAGGAAGAGGUGAAGAGUCAAGAGAGGGAGGAUGAAGAGGAGGAGGAAGAGGAAGGAGAGCACGUGGAAGGCGAUGACGAUGGUGACAGUGUCAAUGGUGAAGAUGACUCGUAGGCACGGGCGACCCGUGACUCAUGCAGCGUACACAUUAUCCAGUAGGAACUUGGACUCCUGUUUUAACACUCAUAUUGUAGAUACAUAAAGCGACCGCGUGCGCACACUCGAGCAUGGUGCACACACUGUUGUCCAUUGUCUUUAACGCCGUUUUUUUUUGUUGUUGUUUUUGUUUUUUUGGCCAGUUGUCCAGUAUCACAGUAACAGGAAAAACUAGCUGUAGAUUUCGGUUUGUGUUUUUACUGCGUUGUUGCGUGUCUUCAGGAGAAGGCGGAAACGGGGACUGUUAAUGUUGUCAGAGACGACAGCUCGACAGACAUGUCUUAAUGCAAGGACGAACAUUCAGCUACAAAGACCGUUUUUAUGCAGUGUGUUUUCCUCAUCGGUGAGUUUGACCUUGUAAGUCUGUAUGUUAAUGUCAGUUUUUUAUACUAUUCAGUUAACUGUAAAGGAAUAAAUUGCAAUAAAAUAUUAAAAUUUGAAA